CCAUUGCGUCACUUUGCAACUAAACACACACUCCAACUAAAGGUCAAAAUACUUCACCACAAGAAAGAAAACCAUAUAUGUUUGUAUGCAUAUACAACCUAUAUCUAUAUAUUUAUAUAUAUGCUGUAUUUCACCAAAAUCUCUAAUCCCAUUUUCCUCUCCAAUCUUCUAUGACCAGUUCUUCUACAAAUCUUUAGGGACCCAAUAAUAAGGUGUUUGAUUAACUGUCAAAGUGAGAUAUAGAAUGAGGAAUAGGUCGAAAAAGAUUCCGGGUGUCGAUAAGGAAAUCGGAGAUGAGACGAAAGUUAAGAAUGUAGUGACUGCAAAGAGAUCAGGUUAUGCCAUUCUGGCUAUGUUCAUAUUUAUCAUACAAGGAAUAUGGGCAGUUCAUCAUUAUCAGUUUGAGAGUUUGCCAGAGCCUCUUAGUGCUGAGCAGGUUGGGAAAAGAGGUUUUUCGGAGGUUCAGGCGAUGAAGCAUGUGGUUGAGUUGACUCAGUUGGGUCCUCAUCCUGUUGGUUCUGAUGCACUGGAGCUUGGUCUGCAGUAUGUUUUAGAAGUGGCCGAGGAAAUAAAGAAGACAGCUCACUGGGAAGUUGAUGUUGAAGUUGACCUUUUCCAUGCAAGUUCUGGUGCUAAUAUCCUGGUCAGUGGACUUUUUAAAGGGAAAACGCUUGUUUAUUCAGAUCUAAAACAUGUUGUUUUAAAAAUCUCUCCAAAAUACAAUUCUGAAGCAGAAGAUAGUGCUAUAUUGGUCUCUUCUCACAUAGAUACCGUCUUCUCAGCGGAAGGAGCUGGUGACUGCAGUUCUUGUGUAGCUGUUAUGCUAGAGCUUGCUCGAGGAAUCUCUCAUUGGGCUCAUGGUUUCAAAAAUUCUGUUAUCUUCUUAUUUAAUACCGGGGAGGAAGAGGGAUUAAAUGGUGCCCAUAGUUUCAUAACUCAGCAUCCAUGGAGCAGUACCAUACGUAUGGCCAUUGACUUGGAGGCCAUGGGCAUUGGAGGACCAUCUGCUAUAUUCCAGGCCGGUCCUCAUCCAUGGGCUAUCGAGAACUUUGCAUUGGUAGCCAAAUACCCAUCUGGCCAAAUUCUUGCUCAGGAUCUUUUUACUUCAGGUCUCGUUAAAUCUGCUACUGAUUUUCAAGUGUACAGAGAGGUUGCUGGUCUUUCUGGGCUUGAUUUUGCUUAUGCUGAUAAUACUGCUGUAUAUCACACGAAGAAUGACAAGUUGAAGCUUUUGAAACCGGGUUCCCUUCAGCAUCUUGGGGAAAAUAUGCUUGCUUUUCUGCUUCAUACUGCUGCGUCGUCUCAGCUAUCUAAUGGCAAAGCAAUGGCAGUUAAUGAGAAAAGUGACGGUGAUGCUGCCAUAUAUUUUGACAUUUUGGGAACAUACAUGGUUGUAUUUCGCCAACGUUUUGCCAACAUGCUCUACAAUUCGGUGAUAAUGCAAUCCAUUAUGAUAUGGGCUACAUCAGUUGUGAUGGGUGGUUCACCUGCCACUUCCUCUUUAGCCUUAUCAGUUUUAGGCAUCUUAUUAAUGUGGAUAUUUUCGUUAAGUUUCUCCAUUGGUGUUGCCUUCAUUCUACCACUUGUAUCUUCAUCACCAGUACCCUUUAUUUCAAACCCUUGGCUUGUUGGAGGUUUAUUUGCUUCCCCUGCUUUCCUUGGGGCUUUGACUGGUCAACAUAUCAGUUAUCUUAUACUAAAAAGAUAUAUUUCACGUGUAUUUUCCAAAAGAAUGGAGACCUUGUCCCCAGUGGUUAAAGCCAACUGGGCCAAACUGGAAGCUGAAAGAUCUCUUUAUAAAAGUGGAUUAUUGCAAUGGCUUUUUCUUCUCAUUGUGGGAAAUUAUUUCAAAGUUGGAUCUUCCUAUAUAGCCCUUGUGUGGCUCAUCUCACCAGCAUUUGCUUAUGGAUUGCUAGAAGCAACUUUAUCCUCAGCCCGGGCACCGAAGGCUCUCAAAACAAUAACAUUAUUGCUGGGACUAUUUAUACCAUUCCUAAUCUCUGGUGGCAUGUUCAUUCGAUUAGCAGGAACAGUUGUUGGUAUGGCUGUUCGCUUUGACAGGAACCCUGGAGGUACCCCCGAGUGGCUGGGUAGUCUAAUAGUUGCUGUGUACAUAUCAGCUGUCAUAUGCCUGACUAUGGUGUAUCUUCUUUCAUACAUCCACAUAUCAGGUGCCAAAAAACUAAUUGCAAUGGCAAGCUUAAUUGUGUUUGGCCUUUCACUAUCGGUGGUUAUAUCAGGAAUCAUCCCACCGUUCACUGAAGAUAUUUCCAGAGCCGUAAAUAUUGUUCAUGUUGUGGACGCAUCAGGAAGAAAUGGGGAAUACAAAGAACCGAGUUCUUAUAUUUCUUUCUUUUCAACUACCCCUGGAAAAUUAACCAAGGAGAUUCAACAUAUUGGAGAAGGGUUUGAAUGUGGAAGAGAAAAUGUUGCUGACUUCGUCACUUUCACUACUACAUACAGUUGUUGGACUAAGGACGAUUCGGUAAUUGGAUGGAGCAAAUCGGAUAUCCCAACUCUCAAUGUGGAGAGAGAUUUAAGAACAGGUGAGCGAGUUACACAGGUUACAUUGGAUACUAAAGCGUCAACUCGCUGGUCUCUUGCGAUCAAUACUAACAAAAUAGAAGAUUUCAGACUCAAAGAUGUUGAAAAUGGUGAGGAACUGAUUCAAAUUGGCGCUAAAAGUGCUUCAGAUGGAUGGCAUAUAAUUCAGUUUUCUGGAGGGAAGAAUGCUCCGAAAAGGUUUGAUCUGACCCUUUACUGGGACAAUAACCAGACUCAAGUAACAAUUGUUGACGGCGAAAUCCUGUUGAAACUAAGAACAGAUGUUGACCAGUUGACUCCAAAAGUUAAAAGGAUUCUUGAAAAGCUUCCUUCUUGGUGCUCAUUAUUUGGGAAGUCUACAUCUCCCCAUACCUUAGCUUUUUUAAAUAAUUUACGAGUUCCGUUUUGAUCUUAUGACACUUAUAGAUUAUACAACCUCUUCCAAUAUGUGCCGAAACUUGAUUAUAUUUUUAGAUAUUUUUUGUAUUGGAUAUUAGUUUACGAAGUGAUAGGUAAUAAGCAUGGUUAGAACUAAAUAUAUUUCUUGUUGAACUUAAAAAAAGUAUGUCUAGUUGGCCAACAUGUGAUUUUGUGGUAUUCUUGUAUGAUGAGAAUUUAUGAUUUUUAUGAGAUAUUGAAGUUUAUCCGUUUCUCAUUCAUGAUCUGAGUUGUGCCAAUCAUAUGUUUAGAUUGAUAUGUAGUUCUGGCUGUUUUUUCACUUGCUUUCUGUCUGCACCUACUGGGAAGACUUCUGUUUGUGUCAGAAGUCCCAGUUUUAUCUGAAUUUUGAGGCUCAUAGCCCAGAGGCCAAGUUCUGGAGUCUGUGUCAUGAUCAAUCCGAUAGACCCAUAGGCAAAAGUCCAAAUGUCAUCCUUUUAAAGGUUGUUGAUGGUUCGGGUUAUUUGUGUUUUAGAUUAAACGGAUUUAUUUGGGUUCGGGUCAGGUAUCACAUUUAUACAAAUAAAUGGGUUAUUGGGUAUAAUUCUUUAUGCGAGGCCUCAAAAAGAAUAUAGUAGUUCAACAAAUAAAAAUUUUAGGUUGUGGUUAAUCGAAUAAAACACAAACCCGAAUAGAAUGGCCAAUUUAAUUCUAACACGUUCGGCUUUGGUCCUGUUAUUCGUGUAUGAUUAGAAAAAUCAGAUUGACCACUAGCUACUUUUUGUUUAUUUUAAGGUGUAUCUGAAAUGCAAUUGUUGAAGCAAUUAGAACGAGCCAAGACCUGCUACAAUAGGCGUAUGCUGUGACAAUGGGUGAGACCACCUUGGGCUACCUGUCGAUAGACGAAGUACUUCAAAUUUCACCAACCUAAGUCGUCAGUACAUUUCUGAGAUUCGGUCUACGAUUUUGAGUCCAUAAUCUGGGUCAGUUUAGUUUGAGACUAUAUUUGCACAUUUACAUAGAUAAAUUUGAGGUUCUGAGUUUACUCCUCAAGUGUGGAUUCGUGAAUAACCAACGACCCACAGUCCCACACAGUCAUAUAUGCACAUAAUUUUUAACAAUUUAGCAAAAUGACAUAUUUUAAAAA